ACAUGGUUAUACAGGACUUGGCCACGUGGAUAACGGGUGAUACUCAGACUACCCUUGCGGCGCGACGUGUGUCAAUUGUCAAAUCCCCGAUUUACCUACUUUACUCCAACACUGAACUUUUUUUUGCUGCGGACUGAGUUGUUUCUCUGCAUAAAAAAAUACAAUGGCUUCGACCACCAGCCAGAUAAUUCACAAGACUCAUCUCCUGAAUCACGACCAAAUGCUGGACUAUUACGCGGAUUGGGCAGAUUCCUACGAUACGGAUGUGAAAUCUUCAGGCUAUGAGGCGCCUCGCGUAUGCGCAGAAGCUCUUGGUAAAGUGCUGUCAGAUAAGAGCGCCCUCAUCGUCGACUGUGCUGCCGGCACCGGUAUAGUGGGCGAAGAGUUAAAAAACAUCGGUUUCAAGACUAUCGAUGCCGUGGACUAUUCCCAGCAGAGUUUGGACAUCAGCGCCUCGAAAGGAGUCUACAGGCGGCUCAUUUGUAAUAAAUUCGACGAAAACAAAAUCGAGGAAAUUAAAGACGAUUCCUGCAGCGCUCUUAUUUGUGUUGGCGCUCUAUUGAUGAACCAUAUCACACAGACGGCAUUCCCCGAAUGGAACCGAAUAGUCAAACAAGGUGGUUUCAUGGUGUUUACUCUGAGCAGAGUGGAAUAUGACGAUGGUUUACCCGACCACAGACUGGUCAUUGGGAAUGGCAUCCAAGAACUUCUCGACAAAGGAACUUGGGAAUUGAUCGACCAGACGGCUAUACCUUACCACAGUGGAUACCUGGCCGAUAUGUUCACCAUCCGCCUUAAAAACAAAACAGAUCUUUAGACCUACCCUAAAUAGACGGUCUAGUUCUGUCUUUUACAGGAAAGUAACGGUUCAAGCAAAGAAUAGAAAGAAUAGAAAAUGGAAAGUCACAAAGUGGUCCGUCUUAAUCUCUUGUCAGGAAUUCAGCGUUUCACUUAUUAGGCCAAAAAAAAAGUCUCCGGUUUCUGGUAUGGAGCUUGCCCAAAAAGUGGUGCGGCGACGCGGCUUUU